AGUCUGUCCAGUUGAGCCUCGCCGACUCUUCAUGACAGCGGCGAGGUCGAGGGAAACUGCGGUUUUGUGACGGUGAAAGGAACUUUAUGUCUUGCGAUUCAUCUUUCUUGGACACAAUUAAUCCUCUGCGAGUUUAAACAAGGACUAAACUAUCCAAACUGGGAUUUAAUACUUUCCUGUUGCCAGUAAUGGAUUUUAACCUGCUGACGGACAGUGAGGCUCACAGCCCGGCGCUGUCGCUCUCGGACUCCGGGACCCCUCAGCACGAUCCGGGUUGCAAGGGGCAAGACAACAGCGACGCAGAGAAGUCUCAUCAAAAUCAGACAGACGAGUCAAACCCAGAGGAUGGAUCGCUUAAGAAGAAGCAACGGCGCCAGCGGACGCACUUCACGAGCCAGCAGCUGCAGGAGCUGGAAGCCACGUUUCAGAGAAACCGCUACCCCGAUAUGAGCACCCGGGAGGAGAUCGCGGUGUGGACGAACCUGACCGAGGCGCGAGUCCGGGUGUGGUUUAAGAAUCGCAGAGCCAAGUGGAGGAAGAGGGAAAGAAAUCAACAGGCUGAACUCUGUAAAAAUGGUUUUGGAGCUCAAUUUAAUGGACUAAUGCAGCCAUAUGACGACAUGUACUCAGGCUACUCUUAUAAUAACUGGGCAACAAAGAGUCUGGCAACAAGUCCUUUGUCUGCUAAGAGCUUUCCAUUCUUCAACUCCAUGAAUGUGAGUCCACUAUCUACACAGCCAAUGUUUUCACCUUCCAGUUCUAUUUCUUCUAUGAACAUGGCCUCUUCAAUGGUGCCCUCUGCAGUUACUGGGGUUCCUGGUUCUGGCCUCAAUAACCUCAGUAAUCUCAAUAACCUGAAUAGUCCCACUUUAAACUCUGCUGUCUCUGCCAGUGCCUGCCCAUAUGCUACUACUGCCAGCCCCUACAUGUAUAGAGACACUUGCAACUCAAGUCUGGCCAGUCUCAGACUCAAGGCUAAGCAGCAUGCCAAUUUUGCCUAUCCUUCAGUCCAGAAUCCUGCAACCAACCUGAGUCCUUGCCAGUAUGCCGUAGAGAGACCUGUAUAAAGGUCACUCUUAGAAAGACUGUCCUAUAAGACACCAAGUGACUUUUCAUGUAUGCCCCUUGUACUCUCAGCAGGAAUAAGCUUCUUAUGAAUUGGACCAUAUUCAUUGUUCUUUUACGAAAAUGUUGUAACCAAUUCCUUUGAUAACUGCACAUAUUGGAUCUCAGACCAGCAGACCGAUCGACACUGCUUUCAGGAUUGCAUUACGUUCUGCGUAACAUAUUUUAAAUCAUGGCCUAUUGAUUCACCAAAUAUUUCAUGGCAUGGUAGUCCUGCAGAUUGGUAAUUCUACAGUUCUGUUGUUGGCAUACAAGAAAGUACACAUGGCCAUUGCAACUUUUUGGGGACCUGUUGUAUUAUGGGCUAUAGGGUGUAAAUAUCUGACUAUUUUGUUUUGUAUGUGAAAUAAUCUAAAAGUAGUACUUUGAAGAUGAAUACGCAUGUUCUUCGAGAGCAGAACCUAGGUCAGUUGUACUCUAAGUACAUCUUAGGAAUUAAAAAUUUUGUUAUGAAUUCCUUUACUAAUAUUGGUCAAAGCUUUGCUGUUUAUUGAAUGAUCUCCAUUGUCAGUGGGCAUGCUCAGCCAAUUAGGUGUCAAAUGGCUGCACUUUUACAAGUAAAACCCCACUUUUAAUAACAGUUUUUUAGAAAAUGAAGGGAAAGUCAAAAUGUUGCUACAUUAAAAUUAUUGUAACAUAUACAAUAUUUAGAUUGAAAACACUAAACCAGAUCCUACAGACAUGCACUGUUAUCUUCCAUUAGAUAAGCAUUCAAAACAGCCAUCCAUAUUUCCAGUUUAUUUAAUUCUCUAGUAUAACCUUUGUAGAAAUAUUGACUUAUAAAUAUAUACAUGAACAACAUUUUACAUGUUAUUAACGUAAAGGUAAAGAAACAUGGUGCCAUCAGAAUGACAGCAGAGCUUUAUCUUUGUAAUUUUAAGCAACAAUGUCACAGCAUUCAGUAUUCUGUACAUAUUUAAACACAGUAUUAACCAUUUGUGUGUGUUUCUUGUCUAAGGCAUCUUUGUCAUAAUUAAAUUAUGUGCACAGAGCCAGGUUUCAAAAUGUUAUUAAAAAAUCCAAUGGCAUUAAUAUUAUAUUUGAAAGUUUGAGACUGAUGGUGCAAAUUGUGGAGAAAUCAUGUAGACCUCACGAGGACAAGCGGUUCAGGAGGUGAUUGAAAGAAUGUACCAGAAAUCUGACCAAAGAGUAUCAGAAUUCAUGAACAGAUUCAACGAGUUUACUUAAAUGGCGCUGUCAGCAAAAGGAGUUACUUUAUAUUGUGUAUUUAUUUUAUUUUUUAUGUGUCAGGGUCCAGGAGACAGUUGCCAGAGUGUUAUGUUUCUUAAAUGCAGAAGUAUUAAUGGCAAUGUAUUUACAGCACUUUUAAUCCUGAUUAACCUCAAAGCACUUUGCAGUCAAAAGGGGGCUCAUUUUGUACUGAAAAGCAUCAUCACCUCUUUUAAAAUAUUAUACAAUAAUAACAGUACAAUAAUACAAUAAAAGUAUCAGUUUUACAAAUUACGUUGAGUUAGCCAGGUAAGAGUAAAUCAUUCUGCCUGGGUGGCAGUGGGCUGUUUUUGUUUUUGUGUCAAGUUAUCCUUAAAAACUUCAAAAUAAUUAAGACUUUUAUUUUAUCAUCGUGUCCAAAGAAGUUGCAGUUUAUGUUAUGUUGACUUAACUGUCAUGAGGAAGAGAUGCUGUUUAAUAUGAACAUGUCUACAAAUGAAGAGAGACAAUGUUAAAAUGAUGCUGUAAUGCUGGUUGGAAUGCAUAAUAUAUUACUUUUGAUUGGUAUAUAUAUAUAUAUAUAUAUAUAUAUACAUAUAUAUAUGUAUGAAAUUCCCAAUCUAAUGAGCAUGCCCUUAAAACUAAAUCAUGGAUCUGUGUAACAAUGAGACCAGUUGGCCAUUUUUGUCAUUUUCAUUUUAAAAUAAAAUUUAAAAGAUG